GAUAUCAAUCAAGGUCAUAGAUGAUGAGGAGUAUGAGAAAAACAAGACCUUCUACCUAGAGAUCGGGGAGCCCCGGCUGGUGGAGAUGAGUGAGAAGAAAGCCCUGUUGUUGAAUGAGCUUGGUGGCUUCACCAUCACAGGGAAACUCUGGAAGGGCAAACCUGUCUUCAGGAAGGUCCAGGCUAGAGAUCAUCCUCUUCCUUGCACCGUGGUCUCCAUCCAAGAGGAGAAUGAAGAAAAGCAGCCACUGACCAGCAAUCGAAUCGCGGAGAUGGGGCGCCCAGUCCUGGGGGAGCACACCAAGCUCGAAAUUAUCAUUGAGGAAUCCUAUGAGUUCAAGAAUACAGUGGACAAGCUCAUUAAGAAGACGAACCUGGCCCUGGUGGUUGGCACAAACAGCUGGAGGGAGCAGUUUAUUGAGGCUAUUACUGUCAGCGCGGGGGAAGACGACGAUGACGAUGAAUGUGGGGAGGAGAAACUGCCCUCCUGCUUUGACUACGUGAUGCACUUUCUGACCGUCUUCUGGAAGGUCCUUUUUGCUUUUGUGCCACCGACAGACUACUGGAAUGGCUGGGCUUGCUUUGUUGUCUCUAUCCUCAUGAUAGGCCUCCUGACAGCUUUCAUUGGCGACCUGGCGUCCCACUUUGGCUGCACCAUUGGCUUGAAGGACUCAGUCACCGCGGUCGUGUUUGUUGCACUGGGGACAUCGGUGCCAGACACAUUUGCCAGCAAAGUAGCAGCAACACAGGACCAGUAUGCGGAUGCCUCCAUCGGGAACGUCACCGGGAGCAAUGCCGUGAACGUUUUCCUGGGCAUCGGGGUGGCCUGGUCCAUCGCAGCCAUCUACCACGCGGCGCACGGACAAGCCUUCCAAGUCUCUCCCGGCACCCUGGCCUUCUCCGUCACCCUCUUCACCAUUUUUGCUUUUAUCAGUGUGGGUGUGCUGCUCUACCGGCGGAGACCCGAGAUUGGAGGUGAGCUGGGCGGGCCGCGGACUUCCAAGCUGCUCACAUCCUCACUCUUUAUCCUCCUCUGGCUCUUGUACAUAUUCUUCUCAUCUCUGGAAGCCUACUGCCACAUAAAGGGCUUCUAAAGGGACAAUCAGAGAUAGUAAAUAUAUAUAUAUCUAUAUGUAUCUAUAUAGAGUGAUAUAUAGGUAUAGAUAUAGAUAUAAUGCUGUGUAUAAUGAACAGAGAAAGAAUAAAAGAGAUUUGCCAUGUUC